AUGGCCAGUCACGGCAUAGCCCGCACUGCGCGGUCUCGGACAGAAGAGCAGCGCAAACAGGACUUGGUCAAGAUCGAAAAGUACCGUAAUCUCGAGGACCAAAUUCGCGAGAAGAUAUCCGACAACUACUACGGACCAGAGACAUUCCAGCUCACCUCGAAGCUCCUACGUCUCAACCCAGAAUAUUACACGAUAUGGAACGCCCGCAGGCGCUGUCUAAUCUCUGGCUUGUUAUCCAGACCGUCGGAUGGAUCGCCGCCCUCGAAGGCGUCGCAGAAUAUUAUAGCGACCGACAUUCUCAUAACCUCUUCCGCCGCUUCGUCGCCCUCAUCCUCGACCGAGACCCCGCCACGCCCCAACCCCCUGACAGCUGGGAAGACUGGUAUAACAGCUGACAGCGGUGCUGAUGUCGAAGUCAUCCGUGCCGAGCUGGCCUUUACUGUCCCCCUUCUGAUGGAGUUCCCCAAAUGCUACUGGAUAUGGAACUAUCGGCUCUGGACACUUGACCGUGCAAUCGAAAGGCUCGAUGUAUCCAUAGCCCGGCGUAUUUGGGAGGAGGAGCUGGGCCUCGUUAGCAAGAUGCUCGCCAAGGACCGGCGCAAUUUCCACGCUUGGGGUUAUCGUCGCCACGUCGUAGCGCAGCUCGAAAGCCCUCUAUUGAAUGGCCAGAGCUUAGUUGAACCCGAGUUUUUAUAUACUACUAAGAAGAUCCACGAUGAUCUCUCCAAUUUUUCAGCGUGGCAUAAUCGCAGUCAGCUUAUAACAAGGCUACUCAAUGAGCGCAAUGCAGACGACGAGUCACGCAAAGCCUUCCUGGACCAAGAACUUGACCUUGUUGACGAAGGUCUGAACGUAGGACCUGAAGAUGAGUCAUUAUGGUACUACCACCAGUUCCUCGUCCUGAACUUGGCCGAUUCAACAUCCAGUCGGCAAAUAGCCCCAAACCUAACGACAGAUGACCGCAAAUUAUACCUUGAGCGCGAAAUGACCAACAUCAAAGACCUGUUAGAAGAUUACCGUAAUGUCAAGAGGAUCUACGAAGCUCUUGCCGAAUAUGCGAUGACGUUAGCUCAACUCAGUGGGCAGCCGCUUGGGUCUGAGGAACAGAUCGAGGUCGCAUCCUGGCUGAGCCACCUGAGAAAACUAGAUCCCAAGCGAAAUGGGCGAUGGCAUGAUUUGGAGAAGAAGCUGGGCUUACUACACUCAUGA